AUGUGGCAUCACUCAGGCGAACUCUAUGAGCUCGUGAUCGUUCGUGAUCCAUCGAUAGAAGCAUAUCAGGGCAUUUUCUAUACAUUUCCAGAUCUUCAGAAUACAAAAACUCGGGAUCUAUUUUCCAAGCACCCUAGCAAGCAUAACCUCUGGCGCCAUGAAGGUCGUUCUGAUGAUAUUAUCGUCUAUUCUACAGGGGAGAAGUUCAAUCCAAUCAGCAUGGAAAAUGCUUUGAACUCUCAUCCUAAGGUUAGAUCUGCCAUAGUUUAUGGUACUAAGAAAUUUCAGUCGUCCGUACUGAAUGAACCAACCGAUCCCGAGGGCUCCAAGGAUGUCCUAUUAGAUGCAUUAUGGCCAAACAAUAAAGACUGCAAAUAUUACUUGUCCCGCGCAUGCGCGGAUAAUGAGCAAGGACUUCAUCGUAUUCACCAAACCCUGAUAAACCAUUUCCCAGAGCUGGGAAAGGUACAGUGCAACGAAAGCAAGCCGAAAAACUAUAUGAAACAGAGCUCAAUAGUCUUUAUGAAACAAGUACUAAUGGACAGGUAUUCAACAAGGAAAUAUAACGAGAUCAGCUCUUUGGAUAAGGGGGCGAGCUUGACGUACAAGGUACCAUCAUUAGAAACCAUUUCGAAUUUUCAAGGAUUCGAAAACUUCUCUGCGUCUGAAAAUUUCUUGAGCAUGGACUGGACUCUCUAG